GUGGAGCCCGAGCACUACCAAUCUGUACGCGAGAAAUUCGUGGUUAUAAAACGUUACAAUACUGUAUAUACAUAUAUGAAUUGUUUAUUUGCUUGUUGCCAAAAUAAGAGAGGAAACAUCAUUGAGUCUCCUAAUGUCGGGUAUUGAUUGAUAGUCGGUAAAUAAAAUCAUCAAAACCUAAUAAUAAGUUUGCGAUGGGUUACACGAAUCUGUUAAGCCACGUUAUCUGGUGAUGAUUGCACUAAGCUUCUUAUAAUAUGCAAUGAAAGGAUGAUAUUCAUUGGGACCUAAAAACUACGGAUUGGGCACAAACCGUCCUGUUGUGGGAACGUGUUCGAGUUGGUGUCUUGUCUUUAGAACCGCGGUAUUUUAACAUAUGGGCUAUGUUAUGGGCUUCUCUUUAUCCAUCGAAGACAGAUAAACAAAUAUGAGCAAUCAUCAAACUCAGGUGUUGAGGCAAUUGGAGCCAUGGUGUGAACUUAAAGACAAAGUGGUUCUUGUGACAGGAGCUUCUUCUGGUAUAGGAAGAGAGAUCUGUCUUGAUCUGGCUAAAGCUGGCUGUAAGAUUAUCGCAGCAGCUCGUCGUGUUGAUCGACUCAACUCUCUCUGCUCUGAAAUUAACAGCUAUAACUCAACUGGAAUCCAAGCUGCAGCUGUUGAGCUUGACGUUUCAUCAGAUGCAGCUACAAUUCAAAAAGCGGUCAAGGAAGCUUGGGAAAUCUUUGAAAAGAUCGAUGUGUUGAUCAACAAUGCCGGAAUCAGAGGCGAGGUCAAGACGAGUUUGGAUGUGUCAGAGGAUGAGUGGGAGAAAGUCUUCAGGACCAACUUAACCGGACCUUGGUUAGUCUCCAAAUACGUGUGCCUUAUGAUGCGUGACGCUAAACGCGGUGGCUCGGUGAUAAACAUCUCAUCGAUCGCAGGGCUUCACCGCGGGUUGUUGCCCGGUGGACUCGCAUGUGCUUGUUCCAAAGGCGGAGUUGACACUAUGUCGAGGAUGAUGACACUUGAGUUAGGCGUUCACAAGAUCAGAGUAAACUCGAUCGCACCGGGGCUUUUCAAGUCAGAGAUUACAGAAAGUCUCCUGCAGAAAGAGUGGAUGAAGAACGUGACCGGGCGUGUUGUCCCGUUAAAGGUGCAACAAACUGUGGAUCCCGGGCUUACCUCUCUUGUUCGCUAUCUCAUUCAUGACUCUUCUCAAUAUGUGUCCGGGAACACAUACAUUGUCGAUUCCGGAAAUACAUUGCCCGGUGUGCCCAUUUUUUCAUCUCUCUGAAUUUUAAACCCAUAUCUUGUGCAAUAAUAAGUGAAUACAUUUACACA